CACAGGUUUCCGGCCAGAUGAACGACAACAGUGUGAAAGACGAAGAGGAGAAGCAGUUGUUCGCCGAGGCUGUAAUGUUGUAACUUUCCACAAUUUAGCUCUGUUAUCUCAUGCUGCAACUACCAAGCACUGGUGUGCAUCUCUACAGCGAAUGAGACUGAGCCACAGUCAUCAUGGAAACAGAAACAGAAGUUAUACCUAUCUGGCAGAAUAAGCCCCAUGGAUCAACCCGCAGUGUUGUUAGAAGAAUAGGUUCAACUCUUCCACUCAAACCUCCACAAAGGGCAUGCUUUCAGGAACUGCCCGGCUUGCCUUCUCUUCGUCCUAUGGAUGGCCCUAUGGUCCCUACCUUGGCAGACAUAGCCUGGAUUGUUGCAGAUGAAGAGGAGACAUAUGCCAGAGUGAGGAGUGACUCACGUCCUCUGAAGCACGAAUGGCGGCCCACGCCACUCCUGGUGCUUCACAGGAAUUCAUCUGUACCCAACUUCCGCCGUGAGGGCAAACGAAUGGAGGGGCUAAGGAAGCCUGGGGUGACUGCACUGAACCGCACCACUGCGCUGCAAGAUGAGCUCAGCAGACUCCGGGCUCAAAUUGCCAAGAUUGUUGCAAAUGAUUCUGGCUCCAACCCCUUGACACCUGACCUGCUCUCCCCAGACGACACAAGCAUGAGCUUUUCCAUGGCGCCUUUCGAAACUGCGCCCUACCAGCCGGCCACCGUGGCUCCCGCUUCCUUUGUCAUCAGUGACGUCACAGAGGAGGAAGAGGAAGAAGAAGAAGAGGAAGAUGAGAAAGAUGUCUCUGUGGUGUCAGAGCUGGUUCCCGACCCUCUGCCACCUGUUUCCAUGACAGCAUCGGCUACCUUUGAUCUUGACAGGCCCAGCAUGGACUUCCGGGAGGCAGAGGAGGAUACAGUGUCAUUAUCGAAGUCCACCAGUUUUGCUGAUGUCACAGACAUCCUGAAGGACAUGAACAGAAUGAAGAUGAGCAAAGACAGGUACAACAGAGGCUGCACAUCCCUCAGAGAAGAGGACUCGGCCACACUGAUUUCAGAAGCUCUGAGGAAAAAGUUUGUGCUUAAAGAAGAGGAUACUGCUGCUGUGAGAAGGAAGUAGCCAGAUUGUUAGUCAUCAAACCCAAAUCCUGCUGCCUCAUGUAAGUCAGGAGAAAGUAGAGUUUUAAACUUGUUCUUUUUUAAGUAUUUUGUUUUUCAGUUGCAGAAUGGGUCUGCUUAGCUAAUUCCACCCUUUAUUCUGACUUUUAGGCCUUUGCCUUUGGAAUAUGUACUCAUGGAUCCACAACCUCGCCCCUCAGACCUAAUGCAAUAGCUGUCUGCAAGAUUUAGAACAAAAAACUUGCUGCAGACAACCAAAAUCCACAGUGCUGGUCAUCAGACAUGUUUUAAUAAACACAGUCAGUUUAAGCAUUGUGUUGAAUAUUAUAUUCAGCGUAUUUUUCUCUUUCAAUAGGGACUCAGUAGACUCAUUUCCAAUUAUGACCAGUUACUUGAUCUACAAAAACAUCUGAGAUGUUUAGAGGAAGACACAGAGAAGGCUGAACCAUUAUUGUUAAGUUUAGGGUGUUUUCUCUUUUAAGAAGCAUGCUGUUCACUUUGCUGUGAAGACCCCUUUAAAUAUUAUGUACUUGUUUUUUAAUUUUCCUCAGACGCAAACCUUUUUGUUUUCUGUCAGCCACUUGGUCUUUUAACAUACUUGAACAUAUUUUGGGGAAACAGCUCUAAUAUACACACAGAGACUGACUGUAGCUUAUCAUGGCAUGUAUGAGAAAAAAUAAUUUUCAGAUCUUUGCUUUUGAUAUUUGCAUUUCAGAAGUUUAAACAUAGAAUCAUACACCUCUUAUGGCUGCCCUUUCAUUCAUGAUUAACAGAUUGAUAGCCAGUGAAUAACAGCACUUUGAUUUUAAACCUACACAAAGUGUGAGUAGAUUAAUAACAGAGUGGUUUUGUGCUUUCUUAAUCAAUGAACACAAGGGAAUGCUCAUCCAGAAACAAGCUUAUACAGGUCUUAAAAAACACAUUUUCCUGUGUGGAAUGUUCUAAAUGCUGCAUGAAGCCACUCGUAAAUGUUAACAGAACCUACAUUUUACAAGUGAUUUUACUUUGGGCAAAGAAAAUUGAGUCAUAUGUAAAGAAAGAUAGCUUUUACAUCAUUCUGUGUGCAGAACUUGUGCAAAAUAUUUGGUACAAGCUUUGUGUGGAUCAGGGUUAUAAUUAUGAUUAUUCUCCCAGAAGCCUUACACAGAUCUAUUGCCUGCUCAAAAAAAAACCCCAAAUUUUUUCCCACUUUAGUUCCAAGUGCCAUCAGCUGUAUUUGUGAUAUCCCUGAAUGUUGUUGAAGAAUAAGCCCUAACAAAAAUCUUUCCACAUGUAACUCCUGAUCAGCUAACUGUCCUGUUUAGGCCUGUUUAUGGGGGGGGAAUCCUUUAAGUGUUUUUCUGUGUGAAAAGACUUUGCUAAGCCAUGUGCUUGAACGAAGAUGGUGAUGUGUUACUUUUAGGCAGUGGAGUUGUGUUUUGUUUUUCUUGUAAUUCCCAGUAACUAAUUUCCUCACUUGAUGUAGUAAUGAACUGCAAAUACUUUAUGCAAGUUCAAAGUUAUUGGCUGUUAUUCUGUACUUGAGAUGGGAAAAAUUCACAGCAAACACUACCUAUAUCACUCACCCCGAAACAGGGGAACCUGCUUUCUUUGUUUUGAAUUUCUACUAUAGUUUGAGUGCAUUUUAUCAUUGUACCGCUGUGUAACACUGAGUGCUCCACCACCAUGUGUAUGUUUUAUUUUCCUGUCAUUCAAGGAUCUGUAAAUAAAGAUUGUGCAGGUGUUUUGAAA